AUAUGUUCGUUAUCGACAGACCGGAGGUUUGAGGUAUUCAUAUGUUCGAGUCCCGACACUUCGUUUAGUUCAGGGCUUGUGAACUAAACAAAUGGUGACCUCAGCUUUAAGAGAACUUUCCCUUUAACUCACCUGCCGCGACCACACCUGAGCUUCACUUCCGGACUGUGUGACAACAAAAACAACAGGAGAAGAAGAAGAAGUUGAAGAAGAAGAAGAAGAAGAAGAAGAAGAAGAAGAAGGAGAAGGAGAAGAAGGAGAAGAAGGAGGAAAGGAGGAAGAUCAUAUCCUCGGAAAAAGGACAGAAGACAGACGAUGAGAAGACACACUGAGGGAGAGGACCCGGUGGCGACAUCAAUGACGGAGUCCAGCACGCUGCAGUGGCCUGGGGACAGACAGAUAGCGGGACAGACGGGUGGUAAGAUGGGUGAAGGACAGACAGGUAAAGGGGACAGGAGGAGUGUGAGGUCGAGCGAGGAGACGAGUUGGACAGAAAGUGAGAGAGUGUUGAUGGCAGAUGGGGGUAGUGGGGAGGGGGUGGGAUCAGUGGGAGAGUGGGAGGAGUUGACGACAGACCUGGACAAGAAGGUGGAGCCUAGAGAGAAUCAUCUUCCAGAAAAAGCUGCUCAGGUGUUUAGUCCUGCAGUGACCGUCCUCCCUUCGCUGUCCUCACCCAGAAAGAGUGAGGCAUUCUGGGAAAUGGAGUCAGAGAGGAGUCCCUUCCUGGGUCCCAGAGGAGUGUCCCAGGACUACAACCAACAUGGCUGCCAGUACGAGUGGACCAAAGACACGUCCCCUUCCAGAUGUGGGCGGGGCUGUCCCAGUAGAGACAUCCUGAAGGUGGGCGUAUCCUUGGUGAUCUCAGCGCUCUUUUUCCCCUUCCUGGUGUGGGGGGGAUUUGUGUUCCUUCCGUUUGACGCGCCCUUGCUGGAUGGCGCCCCCUUGAGACUCAUCUACACACUUCGCUGCUCCGUGUUUGCCGCCACGCCCAUCGUCCUCGGUUGGCUGGUCCUGGGCGUCACUCGGCUCCGCUCGGGCGUGACGCGGCCACUGUUUGAUGAUGAGAUGAAGGAGGCGGAGCUUCAUGAUGUCACUGUCCACCAGCGCUUCGUCUCUGACUCCACCUCCUUGUUCCUGAUCUACUUCCUGCAGCUGGUCGUCAUGGCAAUGUACCUGAGCCAAGAGCAGCUGAAGCUCGUCCCCCUGCUGACGCUCGUUUUCGUCUUUGGACGGCUGAUUUACUGGGUGUCUGCGGCGUGUGGCAGCAGCGUUCGAGGUUUUGGUUUCGGCCUCUCUUUCCUGCCGAGUCUUGCCAUGAUGGUCGCCAACAUCUACUUCAUCUUCAUGGUGGAGGCGGCCGGUUCCAUCUUCAGCGUCCUGCCUCCUCCCGAGACGCUGGCUCCGCCCUCCGGCAGGCAGAGGUUCUGGGGAUGAUCGACAACUUUCCUGUUUUGUUUUUUCAAACUUGAUUUUUUUUAUAAUCGGAAACAAAAACAUUUGUUUCUAAACCCCGCCUUCUUCAUGUAUAGCCACACCUACCUGAUGUUUGUUUGGACUCUUCUGAAAUCUUUUAUGAUCCUUAAAGAUGUUUUUCAAGUUUCACAAUAAAAGAAUAACACACAUCA